AUGUCAUAUCACGCUCGGACCGCAAACACCACCACCUACGAUUAUAGUAGAGCUAGCCAGGAUCUGAACAGUCGCGCACAGGUCGUCUUCGCGCUCUUCAUAAUCAGCAAAUCUGGCGGCCUCAUCUACAACCGCGAAUUCCACUCGGGCAUGAGCAAGCUCACCAGCAACGACUACCUCAUGCUCGCUGGCUCCUUUCACGGGAUGCACGCCAUAACCAAGCAACUCAACCCCUCGCCCAUCCCGCCCUCUACACAACCCGCCUCCAGCGCGCCUUCUCCCUUCAUCAACCGCGCAACCGGCAUCGAAGUCCUCGAGAGCAGCCACUUCCGCGUCCAGUGCUUCCAAACGCAAACCGGCAUAAAGUUCCUGCUCUUCACCGAGCCGCAGCAGCCAAACGUCGACUCGACGAUCAAAAAGAUAUACGAACUGUACGCCGACUAUGUGAUGAAGAAUCCGUUUUACACCGUCGAGAUGCCUGUUCGGUGUGAGAAGUUUGACCGCGCGCUGGAUGGGUUUGUCAAGGUCAGGGGGUGAGGAGUAGAUGAUUUGACCAGAUGUUGACUAUGAUUUGGAUGAGGGGAACAUGAAGCUCUUCGCGAGUUGUGUGGAUUGGUGGCUAUCGCUCACAGAGCGGUUUGAGGGUCCCCGUGCAGAGAGAAGAGAGACGCAAGCGAACAGGACAAGCUGGCCCAGUUUACGUGGGAAAAGUUGGUCGAACAGCAUAUGCUUCAGGGAGCAGCAAAGAUUGUGGUCCAGUACAG